CUGGGUCUUCAAGCUUACUGCUGUUCUGGCCUCUUCUGGACUGUCUUCUGUGGAUCUUUAGCAGGCUGUGCCCUCCUCAGCUCCUGAUUCCCACUCCACUGCUCAGCUAUGAGCUCCUGCGCACCUACCUGCAGCCCGAGCCCUGCAAACAAGCUCUGUUGCUGGCCUCGCAAGCCGCUGGCAUGGUCCACCUCUCCGAGAACAUUGAUGAACCACGGCCAGUGAAGCAGCGGCGCGCCAGAGCCAACUACAGCAGCUGGCAGCUGGAGGAGCUGGAGAAGGCCUUUGAGAGCACACACUACCCUGACGUCUUCAUGCGCGAGGCCCUGGCCCUCCGACUGGACCUCAUUGAGGCCAGGGUGCAGGUGUGGUUCCAGAACCGCAGGGCUAAGAUGCGCAGACAGAUGAAGCUGCAAGGCCAGGUGGGGGAGCCAUGUACUGGCAGGGAGAGUGAGGCCAGGCAGCCAGUGCUGUCCAGCAGGAGCACAGAGCCAGACAGUAUCCAGGGGCCAUGCUGGGACAGGAAGCAGGAGAAGGGAAGCCCUUCAUGGCCCAAGCCUUCACCAGCAGCCAUGAGCAGCCCUGGGUCUGGGUCAGAGCGGCCCAGCCAGGAGGAGUUCCGCUCGUGCAGCAUCGCCAAGUUGAGGGCCAAGGCCAGAGAUUAUGAGGCCGAGAUCCACAGCAGCGUGGCCAAGGCCGGCAGGGAGCGGCACCUAAAAGCGCAGGUGUUCACCGUGGACACAGACAGUAACUGAUAGAGACCUGCCAACAGAGCGCACAAACAACACUGUAAUGCAGGAUGAGCAGAAAUGUCUGAAUUCAUGUAAUGCCAGUUUAUUUAUUGUCACCUCAUCAUCACAUAGGUCGCUUGUUCACACAUGAGGAUUAACCAAUGUCGGUGUGAGACACAAAACAAGAACACAAAUCUGUGAACAUGCCCUCUUGUUUCUGUGAUUUUUAG